AACAAACAUGGCGGCUGAGGUAAUAACAUCGAAGCGUAUGUGUGUUUUUCUGCGUCUCUCUUGUUGACGCCGUUCGAUUUUUACGGUUUAACACUUUUUUGAAACCGUAUUUCUGAGCCGAGGAAACGCUUCCGGAUCAUUCGACGAUCGGAGAGAAGAAAACUACAUCGAGGAAAUGAAACGGAAGUGUGCGUCUCUCGUUUGAAACAAAACAUCCGCCUCUUGGAACGCGUGUGUAUGUUGUGUGUGAUGGACAGAACAUGAACAAGAAGGCGUGUUGUGGUGAAACAAAGCGGGGGAUGGCGGAGGGUUUCGGGUAACGCACCGGGACGAGCUGCCGGUCCGAACAAGAUGUAACACCCGAGUGUCUCAGCUCGUACACAGACUUCACCGCGGAGACAAGCUGAGGGAGGGAGGACACCAGGGAGGACAGCAUGGGGCUGGUGAACUUUGUCCUCUCCACGGUUGGAAAAUGUCUGGACGCCGUGUGUCUCCUCCUGGACCUGAACUUCUUGGUGGUCCACACCGUUGUGCGGACCCUGCUGGCGGUGGUCACCUUCAUCACCAGCCUGCCCACCCUCCUCCUCACCUCGGUGCUGGAGCUGGCCAACUUCCUGGUCUUCUGCCUGGUGUCCGCAGCGGAGGCGACCACCACCGUGGCCCAGGGCACCGUCACCAUGCUGGGGGGCCUGCUGCUGGCCCUGGAGGGGCUGCUGGAGAGCCUGAAGAUGGUGGGCUACCUGUCCAUGCACGUCCUCCUCCGCGGGAAGGAGCACCUGUGUCGGGGGGUGCUCUCCAUGCUGGAGGGCUGCGGCAUCGCGGUGUCCCUGGUGGUCUACUUCACCAACACCGUGGUGAACUACGCGCUCAUCGCCACGCAGAACGUGUACAUGGCGGUGGCGGGGGUCUGGCACACGGUCUCCAGCCCCCUGCUGAAGGUGCUGGAGCUGACCCUGACCUCCUUGACCUUUCUGUACAGCAGCCUGGCUGGGACCUCGGCCUUCCUGUGGUCGCCCUGCCAGCUGCUGCUGGACUUCCUGGUUUCUCUGGUGCACAUCUUCAUCAGCAUCUUCAUCCUGAACAUCUACGGCCUCGUGCUCACCGCCACCAUCGCCCUGACGACCACGGUCUACCUGAACCCGCAGCUGACCCGACAGGCCGCCGCACAAACCGUGGAUUACGUGAACUCUUUUCAUGGUGUCCACCGCCUUGCUUCAGCCGCGCAGGGCCUCCCACAUCUGCUGCGUGGUAACAUGCGGCGCCUGCGGAGGAUUCUCCAUCACCUCUACCUGCUGGAGACACGACUCAUGGAGCAUUUGUCUCGACACUUCAGCCAAAUAGGCCGGGCGCUGGACGGCAACCCUCAGGAGGAGCGGCGAGGCCCGCCAGACGGACGAGCCGGGGACGGAGCCCACCAGGAGAUGCAGGAUUUGGUCUUCCCCUCCUCCAGUACGGACAGACCCCUGAAGAAGGUGUCGUCUCCGGACAGAGGCGGCAAACCUCUGCCUGAGGACAAUCUGCUGACUCUGCUGAAGGAGCAGGAGGACAGGAAGAAGUGUGUGAUCUGUCAGGACUGCACCAAGACGGUGGUGCUGCUGCCGUGCCGACACCUGUGCCUGUGUAGAGAGUGUACCGACAUCGUGCUGAGGCAACCCGUCUGGCAGCAGAAGUGUCCUCUGUGCCGCCGCUUCAUCUUCAAAACUAUGGACGUCUAUCUAUGAGGGACCAGGGGAUCUAGAGGCUGCUGACAAUCAGUAUCUACACUUACAAGUUCUAACACCACUGAAAUAAUGUUGUAUGACUUUUGUUUUACUGGGUUUCCUUAUACAUAUGUUGAUAUUCUAAAUGGAAAAAAUAAUUCUGUCAAUAAAUCCCAUAAGCAAGACAAUGAAUCUUCGCAGACAGCUCGUACAUAUAUUGUUUCUGAUGUUAAAAAACACUUAACUCUGUGGUUUUUGGGGAAUUGAGUAAAGGCAAUACUUGUUAGUGGAUCAAUUUGUCAAGGGCUUAAUUUGUUAAUAGGGAUUUACUGAUAAUAAAAAAUUGAGACUAUCCGCAGACAUAUCUCCUAAAAUCUUGUUUCAGAUCUGUGUGGUCAGUUCAGAGGAGAAAUACUAAAGUAAAGAUGCGAACAGGAAAUUAUAUAAUACUUACGCCCUCAGAUGCUUUGGAUGAUAAAAUGGCACAACAAAAUAAAGACGAGGGUUGCAGUGUAAUUAUUUCCAUGGUCAAUUUGCUGAUUAUUUUCCAGAUUAAUCACGGAAAUGUAUGAAACAUCAAAAAAUUGUCAAAAACACAACUUUUCAGAUCCCAAAGCAAUGUCCUGAAAAACCUGUUUGUGGGAUGUUGAUUUAUGCAAACAGUCAUCAAUAGUUUCCCACCACAAACAUUGAUUUGUAAUUUUUUUUUUGUGAAGCUGAAAUCAGCAAAUAUUUGGGGAAAAAACCGACAAAGUUAAUCCACUAGCAACAAAUCUGCAGCUUCAUUGUAUUUAUGUUAAGUGAUCAACUGAUAAAACGUCGUGGCCUUGAAAGAGACUGAGAAAUGUUGUUUUUUUUCUAAAUUUAACGGGACUGUUUAACCACUAUUUUCUUUCCUGCUACCUGUGCAUUCAACUGUGGGAUAAUAAACUGGGUUUUGUACUUGUACUGAUUGUCUGAAAUAUAUUUAAUUUUGUUGCUUUUCAAGUGUGAGCGCUUCCUGUAAUCUGGACGUGCGUCACAGCUACAGUCUGUGUUUUGCCACUGUGAUGAAUCUGCUGAAAAAUGAUCCUGUGUCGCCGCGCUGGUCUCAGGUCUCGUAGCCACGGUAACCCAUAAGUGCCCCCCCCCCCUCCCUGAUGCUGAAAUGUCUACCGCUGCUCCUGUCUUAAAAAAUGUGCUUUAAAUAGACCAAGCUGUGAAUACAAACACAUGCAUUGAGUAUACGAGUGAUGACACACGCUGUAUUUUAAACAGUAUAUUCAAAUCAACUCCAUGACUUUUUGUUGCAGUGGAAUCUUUUACCAUUUCACUAUACUUGUGUAAAUGUUUGCGCUGCAUGGAGCCAUGUAGUCAAAGUCAUUUAGAAUUGUUCAGUCAGUGACAGUAAAAUUCAGCUUUAUACGAUUUAGAUUCUAUUGAUAGAACUUAUUCCAGUCCUGCAUCAGAGGCCGGUUACAGUCAUCACCCACACAUGAUCCAUAAAAGCUUUCCUCUCUCCUCUUGUAUAAAAGGACCAUAAACUAAUAAGCAUUCACAAUUUCAUUUGUUUUCUCAUCUGUAGCUGUUGAAGCUAACGUGUUGUCAUUGAUCGGUGUUUAAAGGGCGAUGGUGCCACUUAAUGUGUUAUCAUUGAUGUCGGGUGGUGUGGAGUCAGAUCUGUGGGACAAGGGCUGUUUAUAACUUGCCCUCAUUUGCUUUCUGAACAGUUUUUUAAAUUUUUACAUAAUUUGUAUGAUUAGAAGAAAUGUGAUUUCUGCAUUGUUUUUGUGACAGGAGCCAUGUCAUACAUUUUACUGACAUUAUGUUUCUUUAGUUCCUUACUCAGAUAUCAAUAAUGAGAGUGACUGUUUGAUGAGGUUGCCAAAGAUUUGUCGGGACCAGACUGUAGUCAGAUCUCUCUCAGGUAUCCCUAUAAUGCUAAUGUGCAGUAUUUCCCUAACUAAAGAUUGCAGUGGAGUGAAACCGCUCACAUGACUAUCAUCUGCUGCUUCCUGCAGGAAUGAUGACACAGUGUGGGACGAUGCGAUUUGAAGAAUGUAAUUUGUGUGUUUUUUUUUAAUGCUGUGGCUGCCACAUAGUGAGAAUUCAUAUGUUCAUAAUAAAACAACAGUCGAGACUG